AUGCGCAGUGGUGGUCAAUCUUCCUACCUGGAUCAAGCAGAUCAAUCCUAUCGUCGGGCUCGUGAAAUUCGCCACUCCUUUGACGCAAGCAUUCAUCCUCUUAACAGAGAGGCGGCUGUUUUAUGUGAUCGUUUCAAACUGACGCGGCAACAAAGCGACCUCAAUAAGGCCAUCGAGCUUCAUAGGCAGGCCCUCCCUCUUCUGUCCAAACAACCGCGACAACUAUCAUUGGCUUCCUUUGAUUUUGCGGAUACACUCCUCACUCUCUUUAACGAGACAGGUCUGACUAUCCAUUUAGACGAGGCAAUUGGAUUAUACGAGCAAGCUCUCGAACUCAAUCCUGCUCCACGUUUCCCAAGGGCUAAGUGCUUGAAUGGACUCGGCGUCGCGCUUCGCAAACGGUUUGAGAUUAGUGGCAAGGAUGAAGUUAUCUCAAAGUCUAUUGGUCUACACGAGGAAGCUUUGAAGCUGUGCCCUGAGCCUUACAUCGAACGUGAUGAUUGUUUUAGUGGACUGGCAUCAGCGCUCGCUAGGCGAUACAUGAAAUUCGGCGAGCAAUCCGAUCUCAAGGCAGCUCUCAACUCUUACCUUUCCGCCCUCGACCUUCUUUCAUCUUCUCAUCCCAAACGAGCUACGUUAUUGUUCGGAUUGGCAACGACUAUUCGUAUAUUUUUGGAGAAUGCAAAGCAAGAAGAGAAGCUGGAAGGAGUAAUACCCUAUUACCGCGAAGCGCUUGAGCUACUCCCUUUAACUCAUGUCGACCGAGCUGACUCCCUAUUUGGGCUUGCCGUGGCUUUGAAGACCUUACACGUUCAACGCUCACUGAAUCCUCAUAAAUUCCACACAGUAGCAAACAAGAGUGAAACGAUUUUAGACGAUAUUUUACCACUGUACAGUGAACCAAACUCGUCGGGAAUUAUGUCAAAGAAUUGGUUGGACUACCUUCCUAUUCCCAAUAUCUUCGGUUCCACAAACUUGAAAGCACCGUCGAUGUCGAGCAGAGCAUCCCAACCAAAUAUGCGGGAGCGCGCUCAGAUUGAUUCACCACGUGAAAAGCCGCGAAGAUCCAGUCAUCCUUCCCACGGUGAUUCACCUACCAGACUCUUGAGCAUGGCAAAUAUCCAUGCUCCAAAGCAUCGCUUGUCUGCAUCGUCGUUACAGUCGGAUGCUGUGUCAGCAAUAUCUAUGACACACGGGCAAUACGAAGAGCUUGAUGAAGCAAUUAACCUGCUCAAAGAAUCAUUGCAACUGCGUCCUCCUACUCAUCCAGCUCGAAUUGAAUCCUUGAGAUGCAUAGUGGAUGCCUACACGAUACGAUUUGGAGCUGUAGGCCAUCCCGAUGUGGAUUCAUAUCGCAGGGAGUUGAAUGCGCUUGAAUAUGGUUUUAAACAUCCUACCCCCUCGGAAGCAAUUUGA